ACGACGAGCGAUCCCAUCAGUCUGGUGUUUGUUGCUGACACGACAAGUGGCUGUUCCCGAGUGUGAUACACAAUGCAUUCCUCACUGCUAGCGAUCGUUCUGCUUGCCACGGUGGCAGCUACCGUAACCGGACUACUCACGGACAGUGCCUGUCCGGAGGGUGUUAAGGUGAAGCAAAACUUCUCGCUGAAGGACUACGUUGGCCGGUGGUACGAGAUCAAGCGGUACGAACAGUUCUACGAGAAGGAUCUCGAUUGUGUGGUGGCCGAGUAUCAGCCCAGGGAGGAAGGUGGCAUUACCGUGGCCAAUGGAGCGUUCAGUUUGGCCAACAACACACGUGUGGUAGGGCAGGGCGUAGGCAUUAUUUCCUAUCCCGAAGCCAAGGAUGGCAAACUGAGUGUCGCUUUCUUCGGUGCAAAGCCUGAUCGCAGUAACUAUUGGGUACUCGAUACGGACUACACCUCGUAUGCGGUCGUGUUUUCCUGCGAACCGUACUACAAGGAUGCCUCCAAGAAUGUCCUUGGAUUCUGGAUCUUCUCCCGUCAACCGACCUUCCCAACCGAUGAGACCACCGUGAAGCACGUCCAGGAGCUGGUCAAACAGUAUGGCGACGAGAGCAAGUUCGAGAUCACAAAUCAAUCCGAUGAACGUGAAAUGUUUAACUAUUACCUCUGUCUACUGUGCGCCCUGGUCGGUGUAGUCCAGGGUACCAUCUUCGAGCGACCAUGCCGUACGGUCGAGGUGGUGCAGGACUUCCAGGUCGAUAAGUAUCUUGGUCUGUGGUACGAUCUCGAGCACUACGAGGCGAGCUUCGAGCAGAACACGGACUGUGUAACGGCCGAGUACAGCCGGUACGAGGAUGGUUCGAUUCGGGUGUUUAACUCGGCCGUCCGUCUUACCGAUGGGCUGCUGUACGCGGUCGAUGGCCGUGCCGUGCUGAGCUACCCGGAGGUGGACGUACUCGAGGCGAAGCUGAACGUAUCGUUCUACGGAGCACCGAACGAUGAGUCCAACUAUUGGGUCUUGGAUACGGAUUACGAGAACUAUUCGAUUGUCUGGAGCUGCGAGCCGCUCGGCGAAGAUCGAUCGCUUGAGUACUACUGGUUGCUGUCACGUACACCGUCGCUGCCGGAGGAUGAGGAGCUGCGGGAGAAGAUUCUCACGCUCAAGCACGAAAGUGGCAUCGUCGACGAUGAGCUGAUUGUGACGGAACACUUCGCGGAAGGCUACCAGAACAUUGAAACGGACAAUCAAAUGGCAAACGUGAAACCCAACCUUGCCAUCCUGACGCUUAUUACCCUGUGCAUUGCGCACGUGCGCGCCUUCGUUGUCAAGGAUGGUAACUGCACACUCGUGACAACCAAUCUGCCGGUGGUGGAGAGCUUUGAAGUGGAAAAGUACAUCGGAAAGUGGUACGAGCUGGAACGGUACGAGCAGCCAUUCCAGCGCAAUCAUGACUGCGUGACGACCCAGUAUCGGCGCAGCGAACCAAUCGGCAAACUGCAGGUCACGACACGGGGCUUCUUCAACGGAACGCACCGUAACUUCACCGACAUUGGUGUGUUCAGCGACGUAAGCAAUCCGAAGGAGGCCAAAUUCAAGAUAAACCUAGCCAAAGCGACCAACACUUCCAACUAUUGGAUCGUCGACACGGAUUACACGAACUAUGCGAUCGUCUACACCUGCACACCGAUCGUGGAAUCGGACCAAUCGGUCGAAGGCUACUGGUUGCUGUCUCGUACGAGCAAACUUACGGACACGAAGGAGGUGCUGGAGCGCGUGAAUUAUCUACGAUCGACCUACUUCGAGCCAGGACACAUACGUCGGACCAACCAGACGGAGGAACUCUGUGGCAAGGAGCCGGAACAACCAUGUCGUGCUUCACUUUCACUCAGAACCUCCCUCGUUCCCAGCAGCCAUCUGUUUAGUCUGGUGCUGCGUGUCCAAGUGAUAAGCUGUGUGCGUCCGAUUGUCGGGGAAGGCAUCAUGUUUGACCGUAGUUUCGGGAAGUUGUUGCUGGUCCUGCUUGCCACCGUAGCGGUGCCAAGCAUUGGCCAGAGGAUCGUGAACCAGCUGUGCCCAGAUCCGGCCAGCCGUCCAGUCGUUCAGUAUUUCGAUCUAGAGCGUUACGUUGAGGGACGAUGGUACGAGAUACUGCGCUACGAGCAGUACUUUGAGAAGGAUUGCGAUUGUGGUUACGCCACGUAUACACCUCAGGCCGAUGGCUCGGUGAAGGUAGAGAACUGCUGUGAACGGCUACCGAACACGACGGUCAAGUGCAGCAUCGGAAAGGCGGUCGUCAGCUUUCCGGAUCAGUUUCCACUGGAGGGAAAGUUCAACGUGACCUUCGGUGGACCGCCGAACAACUCGAACUAUUGGAUCAUGGAGACUGAUUACGACAACUUUGCCGUGAUUUACUAUUGCAAGAACAUUUCGGACAGCAAAUCGGCCGAGGCUGCCUGGGUGCUGUCGAAGCAGCGGACGAUCAACCCGACCGUUCGCGCGGUCGUGGAUAAGCUGGUCGAUAAGUACCUGGUACGGCAGGAUAUGCGGGUCACCGAGCAGGGUCAGGAGAAAUGCAAAUAUGCUACAAAUGAUUAAAUCAUUUGCAGUCAUACAAAAAUCAUUAGCACUCCUACACGAAAGGACGUAAAGGACCCUCAAUGCAAUUUUUUAGGGCCUUUUCCUUUGUUUUGAUAUCGACAUACUUGAACUGUUUAGAAAUAUAUUGUCAAAGUAUGCCACCAAACCUACUUUGUCCACCAAGAAAAGACAUUUCCCAACACUAGUCAGAAAUACUAUUCCUCUACAUCAACCUUUUUCAACUGAUCCAGAAGCACCGAAAGUAAAAUAACGUAUACGACGCUGCCAGAACCCUUGUUGGGUGCCCCAAAGCCCUCUAAUGACUUUAGCUAAUUUUUAUGAUCACAGUCCUGUCCCGUCAUACGUUGCACGGGUCGAACAAAAACUGAAAAGUUAAUGAAAUCUCUGUCCCCUUUGGCUUUGGUUGUCUAGCAACUCCGAAGGAGCCGCGAACCUGCAGCGGAACGAUUUUGUUGCGCCAGCCAGAGGACCAACUUUUGCCACCAGGAACGCUCCGCGCGGUGAGGGGUGGGGGGUUUCUGGUCAGCGAGAGCGACUGGUUGCCUAGCCAGAGUUGGUCGAUAAUUAGCUUUUGAUAGAAAUAAAACUGUUACAAAACUUUGGGCAACGGACGGAAACAAUUUCAAAGCGUGUGGCGAUCCGGCACGCCUCUACAUUGGUGCUGCUACACUACUAAAGAACCCCAUUUUGGUUCUAGGUUCUACCACUCUGGGUGUUUACGCGGACGGUGCAAGCAGUGCUCUGCGCAGAACAGUAGCCUUUACACAUAAUUCAAUUGUAGAUUGUUAGCUGGAUGCAAAAAUCACAGUUUCAGAUGAAUUAAAAAUAGAAUACUGCUACUACAACACCAUCACGCUUGCUGCAAUCAGGCACAUUAUCUCUGGUCAAGCAGCGCGUCUGCACUUGCUAUAUGUUAGACUGAUUAGCCAGAGACUGUGGCUUUCCAUCGCACGCAAUACAACGCUGGUAGCAAACAAACAUAUUCAACAGAAACAGCGUAUCAAGCACCCGUCGUUGGUUACUUGCGUAGCAAAACUCUUAUCAAGGAGAAACCAUUACUUUGCAAGGCUGCUUUUGGAAUUCCCACUUUGCCAUGAGCGAUAUGGUUAACUUAUGGUGAUACAACAAUGCUUGAAGAGUUUUGAAAUAAUUUAAUAAUCACCAGUACAGCUCUUGGUCUCUUUUCCUUCGGAAGUACGUGUCCAGUUUUCACAGACUAGCUCCACUCUUCGCAACGCUUUAGAGUGAAUGUUAUGUGUUAUAGAAAGGGUUUUGAAGGUUGAUUUUAGUGGAUAAAUCUAACUGCUGAGAAUGAAAACGACCGCUGGAUAUGUAAUACUAAUGCUGAUGUGCCUUUUGGGCACAAUUUGCAUCGCCAAAGAUGUGACUACUACGAAAUCGUGCCUCACAUUUGAUCAUACAUUCACAUUAAAGGUGGAAAAGUUCAUGGGAAAAUGGUACGAGAUACGGCGGCUGUACGAUCCCCUCGAUCCGGAACAGGAAGACUGUGUCGUGGUGAACUAUUGGUUGCUUGAAAAUGGAUCUUUUGACAUCCUGAAAUCCUUCCGAAUGGCCAAAGAUGGGCAUCCAAUUUAUGCCGUUGGUUUUGCAGAACUAACGGCGAACAACGAAUCAGGUGUACCACAGUUCUUCGAGAGGAUAAAUACGACAAAUACGGCUGAUUCAGACACAUCGUUUAACAUCGUGACGACCGAUUACGAAAACUAUGCCAUCCUUUACUCCUGUACUCCGAUCAACUCAACGCAUCAUCUUGAGGCAUCAUGGGUACUGGGCCGUUUGCCGACAUUGGAACUCAAAAACAAUAUGAUGGUGAAUUUCGGCUUAAAAAAUUUUAUAAAGCGAGCAGAAGAUGAAUGGCGUGUCACGGACCACUCGAGCAAGUUCUGCAAACCAUCGGUGAUGAAGGGGCUGGAAAUGGAGGACAUAACCGAGGAGGACUCAGACGAAACAUCUAACGAGGAUCAUUAUGAAAAUAGUGGCGGCAGCCCCUCCGUAACCACUCCUCAGAUAUUAUUUUGGUUCGGAUUGCUAGCGAGAGGCAUUGUGCUGCUAUCUGGAUUAUAGUUGCUCAUUUUGCGUAACUCAUAGGUACUGCAGGACGUAUGAGGUACUGUUAAAAUAUAUCACAAUUAAAUAAUAAGACACAAAGUGAGAUCGUCAGUGAUCGUUGAGAAAAACAAUAAAAUGAGACGAAUUUCUUUCUGAGUUAAUAGAAUCCACAAGUAAGACAGUCAACCUUGUUUAACCGAAUGUGAUUAUCAUGAUUGAAUCGAAGCUAAUUUUGAUUGUGCUCGAUCAAUGUUCGAGCAAGCUCGAUCAGAAUCCCUUCUUAUUCCACCGCAUGGGAAGCCUCCAGCUCGAUUUAUUCUAAAACGGCAUUAGUUAGCGAAUAGUUGCAUAAGGAAGCGAAACCGCAUCUAACAAGGGACAAGCUGGAGACACUUGACACCAGUUUUAGAAAGUUUUAGCAUACUUACUGCUCGCUUUCUUGCGCUUCAUUACCUCCGAUUAGCGAUAAAACACGAUCGAAGAUGAGCAUUUGUAGGAUGCAGUUGUCAGGAUGGAUUGGUGAAAUGGAUCGAUAAACAAGAGGAAUAUAUGUAUCACCGUCUUGUGCUUAUGUAAACGGCUAAACACCACCGCUGAUUAAACUGUGCCACCGCUCGUCAGCGAGAACACCAACACAAACGAACCAAAUAAACGACAA